AUGGGCAGCAUAUUCGCAGCUGCCGAAGCAUAUCCAAUCAGCGCGACCAUCGUAGCCAUAGCAGCAUGCCUAGUGACAAUCGCCCUCACCAUUCGAGAGGUAUUCACCCCAGUUGGGAAACGGAGACCACCCCCUGGGAAGACAUGGAAACUCCCUCAUGGCCCUCGAGGGGUCCCAAUACUCGGCAACCUCCUUCUACUUCGCAGGGCACGCGAUGAUCAAGACUUUAAACUGCACAGCGACCUCGCCAAAUACGGCGAGAUGACUACUCUCCACCUCGGAUCAAAGACCUGGGUUCUGCUCAAUAGCAAACGCGUUGUCAGUGAAGUCAUCGCUAAACGCGGCGCCCUCACAAAUGGCAGGAGUCCCAUGCCUAUUGCCAGUGGGAUUGUGAGCCGCAACGCACGUUCCCUCCUCCUUCCCCCCUCGGGGUGGACAGAGAAACGACGGGUGAUGCACUCGCUGCUUAGCGGGACUGCAUUGAAGCAGUACGGAUCGUGGCAGGAGCUCGAAAGCACGCAGAUGCUUGCAGAGUACCUGUUCCAGCCGGAGAGGUGGUACCGCCAUCAUUAUCGCUACGCAAACUCCGUCGUGCAUCGCAUUGCACUCGGGGAGCGACUGACCAAGACGGGGAGAGAGCUGGCUGAUCUACAAGAUGUCGUCACGCACUUCGUUGGCAGCAUCGGCUCCAGCCUGGUUGACUGGUUUCCUGAACUUGAUAGGCUUCCCCGUGUUCUCCAGCCAUGGCGGAAGUACUGGGAGAGGCUUGGUGACUGGAACGAGGAGGUCUACAGAGCGUGGUGGAUUCCGGUCAGGGAAAAGGUAGAGCAGGGCACAGCGCCUCCGUCUUGGGUUCGUGAUGUCCUUCUGCACCCAGACACCAAGUUUACCGGCGACGACCAGGAGGCCAUGUAUGUCGCUCUGCAACUUCUCGAGGCGGGGUCCGAUACGACCAGAGAGGCAUUGAACAUCUUCGCAAUGGCGGCCCUUUGCUAUCCUGACAAGUUCCAGAAAGCGAGGGCAGAGGUGGAUCAUAUAUGUAACUCUGGAGGAAAUGCCCGUCUGCCAGGGAUUGGUGACCUCGAGCAAAUGCCCUACAUCUGCGCGAUGAUCAAGGAGCUCCUGCGCUGGAGGCCUAUUUUCCCCUUUACCCCGGACCAUGUGCUCACGUCCGACAUGGAGUUUGAGGGUUAUCAUUUCCCGGCAGGCGUUGGGUUUGUGAUCAACGAGAUCCCAGUGUGCAACGAAUGCGACGACCCAGAGGAGUUUAAGCCCGAGCGAUGGCUGGACGGGCAUGAGGCCGACCCAGCACAUGGGCUUUGGCAGUUUGGCGGAGGUCGUCGUAUUUGCGUUGGGUAUAGACUGGCGUUCAGGGGACUGUUCAUCAAUGUGGCACGUUUAGUGUUUUGCUACGACUAUGCAGCAGCUGGGUCAUACGACCCAAACCGCUUGAACCACCACAGAACCGACGAGCCUUUCCCGGUCAAGGUGACUCCUAGGAGUGAGCAACACGUCGGCUUAAUCUUGGACGAAGCAGCCUUACUGCAGGUUCUGGACGACGCAAAGCGGAUAUAA